AUGAGUCUUCUUUUUACCGAUUCGAGAUGGAGGGAGCAGAAUCUAAAGUUACUCCAGAACCUAUCAAAGUCUUCAGCAAUCCUAGAGACGUCGGUGCAGCCGAAUCCUCUUCCAAGUGUCGAGGAAGCACAGGAGAUGUUUGACUCCUAUCUAAACGAAUCUCAUGUUCAGAACCCAUUUCUGCUCCGUCGGGACGUGCAACGACUGUAUCAUUCUGUCUUUUUGGCGGACCACUCGGCGCAGCAGGCAACCCGGCUGUUAGGAUAUGAUAUGUUUCGUGCUUUUAUGAUUCUCGCCAUUGGGUCCAUUCGCAUGUAUCGGACCGGCACACACAAAGAUCACCCAUAUGGGUAUUAUCUUACAGCAAUGCAGCAUCUGGAUAGAAACAUUCUUCUGAGAGGAAUCAACGCCAUACAAGAUAUUUUAUUGGUGGCGAGAUUUGGUAUUUAUCACCACAUUGGUACAUCGAUAUGGGAGCUUACGACUGUCUGCAUAGGCAUGUGCAUCGAGCAGGGCCUGCAUAAGAGCCCACGGCAGAGUUCAAGAAGGAAAAUUAGUCUCUUGCAUGAGCAGUUACAACGACGGGUCUUCUGGGAAUGCUACAUGAUUGAUAGAUACAGCUCAAUUACCCUGGACCGUCCAGCCGCCAUCGCAGAUGAGGACAUUCAAGUCGGCUUUCCGGUUGAUGCGAAUGACGAAGAUAUUGACGCUGCAGAUUCUUCUGGAACAUUCGCCAAUUUGGACUCGUUUUGUCAAGCCACUACCACACGGCCUACACCGGAAGCUAAUACUGAAAUUUCUAUUUUCCUCUUAUGUCUGAGACUGCGUAAAAUCACUUCUAAGAUUCAGAAGAGAUUUCGACAAAAGACUGAACACGCGAGUGGAGUGACCAACCAACUCUUGAUGGAAUCAAUUACUACCAGUGGCAAAAUAUAUGCAAACCUAGAUGAGCUAUUGUCCGAGCUAGAGGAGUGGCGGGACUCAGCGCCAAUAUUCACGAAUCCACGGAGUCUUUACGAGACACAGGAAUGGUAUGACCUUCUUCUCAUAAGGGAAAAACUGCUCCUUGUACGCAAGGCAAUUGACCUUGUGCCGAAACAUAGCAACAAUAUACCACCGCAGGAUUUGAUUUCAAUUUGCCUGGAGUACUCAAUCAGAAUUAUCACGCAAUUCUCUGCUAUGUUUGAAAGGAAGCAGGUUACGUACACCCGCAGUUAUUUCCAAAUGCUGUUUACUGCCGGCUUAUCGGUGAUGUAUUGCAUAUCAGUGGUAAUGGAUAAUGGCUCAGGGACGGUAGUAUCUGCCGCGAAGGCAUUGCAACAGGGUGAGAAGACAUUGAAAGAGAUGGGGAAAGACUUACCAGAUGCACUUCAUUAUGUUGCUGUCUAUGAAGCAUUGCGUGUGAAUGUGUUGGGGAAGUUGAGCAUUACCCCUGAACAAUAUCAAACUGCUGCCCACACUGGUGAUACUCGUGGUCAUGAUAUGUCGGGUGUUGAACGCCUUCAGCAGCAGCAGCAGCAGCAUCCUGCUCAGUCUUCAGAUAAUUGGUUCCUGUCGUCCAACGAACCAUUGCUGAACGAUCAGCCCCUUGGUACAUCCUUUCUCCCGUGGGAUAGUUUACUUGGAGAUAGCACUUUCUGGGAUAUGGAGACUGGACUGGGUGAAUAUGCAUAUGGCGAUGCAAUGUUACUGUUCUCCAAUAUAACUGAAGACAACGAAUGA